AUGGUAUGGGAUGAUAAUUGGUAUGAGGUUAGGAUGAUUACAAGUUCAGCUCAAUUACUGCAUUGUCAAGUUAAUGACAGGAGCAAAAAUUAUCAGUUUAUAGUAACUAUAGUGUAUGGUUUUAAUACUGUGGAGCAGAGAAAAAGUUUAUGGCAGGAAAUGAAAACAAUCUCACAAGGUGUCACUCAGCCUUGGCUCAUUGCAGGGGAUUUUAAUGCUAUUCUCUCUACUAAGGAUAGGUUAAAUGGAGGGCAAGUUACUAGGAAUGAAAUACAAGACUUUGGUGACUGUGUGAGAGAUAUGGAGAUUACUAAACUACAAUGGAAAGGGAACUAUUAUACUUGGAAUAAUAAACAGUGUGGAGAAGAUAGAAUUGCAAGUAGAAUUGAUAGAGUAUUUGGGAAUGAUGAAUGGAUGGAUAAAUGGGGACAUGUCAUUACUGAGUAUGGGAAUCCAAAUAUAUCUGAUCAUAUACCUAUGAUGAUAACACUUCAAAAAGCUCACUACUUCAUGGAUAAGAUUGAGAUGGCUAGAGUGGAAAUUGCAAAUGUCCAAGAUCAGCUUAAAGAGAAGGUUACUGAUGAGCUGGUUGGGAUGGAAAAAGAACUAUUAAUCAAGCUGGAAAAAUGGUCAAUGGUUGAAGAAAGUGCUUUGAGGCAGAAAAGUGAUAUUCAUGAGAAGUUUGUGAGUUUUUACAAGAGUCUUAUGGGAACCUCAACAGACAAUCUACCAGGCAUUAAUGCUCAAGUGAUGAAGAGAGGGCCUACACUAACAAAGCUGCAGAGGAUACAUCUUUGUGCUGAGGUUACAGAACAGGAGAUAUAUGAAGGUUUGAAAUCAAUUGGGAAUGAUAAGGCUCCAGGUGUAGAUGGGUACAAUGCCUACUUCUUUAAGUAUACAUGGCAGGUCAUUAAAAAGGAUAUCAUUGAAGCUGUGCAGAGUUCUUUCACAAAAGGCAAACUAUACAAGGCUUUUAAUUGUACUCUAGUGUCUCUUAUCCCAAAAGUUCAGAAUCCUAAAUCAGUGAAAGAAUACAGGCCAAUAGCUUGUUGUACUGUGAUUGAUUUGCAGAAGGCUUAUGAUAUAGUAGAAUGGACCUUUUUAGAGCAAGUAAUGUAUGGUUUAGGAUUUCCUGAGAUGUUUGUGCAAUGGGUUUCACAAAGUUUUGAAGCAGCUAAAGGGUUGAGACAAGGAGAUCCAAUGUCUCCUUUUCUAUUUGCUAUAGCAAUGGAGUAUCUAAGUAGGACCCUUAAAGGACUUAGAGAUGACAAACAGUUCAAGUAUCAUCCUAAGUGUUCAAAGCUUGAUGUUACUCAUCUAUGUUUUGCAGAUGACCUGUUAUUGUUUGCUAGAGGUGAUCUUGAGUCUGUCAAAGCCAUUCAAUCAUGUUUCUCUCAUUUUUCCCAAGUUUCAGGGCUGCAGGCUAACCUUAACAAGAGUUCUAUAUACUGUGGAGGUGUAUAA